AUGCCGUCUGCUGGUGCAGUUAGUCCUCCAGUUAUAGUUGCACUGGUGAAGAAAGGAAAGCACAAGACAGGCAGCAGAAACAACAAUGUGGUCACCAUUGACGGAUCUGCAGUUACCAACAACAGGAAAAAUAAAAGUGCUAACAACAUUUACAAGGACACUUAUAUUGAACUAACCACAGAUACUCCGGAAUGUAAGGUCUUUUUCACAGUUGACAACUCGAAACCUCUUCCCUACAGCACAAAAUGUUUAGAAGGUCGAUCAACAUUCCUCUACCAAGGACCAUUUCUUCUUAAAUCUGGUAGAAGAAUUGUUAAGGCAGUUGCUGCCACAAGAGAUGGGCUGAAAACAAGUUUUGUAACCACAAAAACAUUUAAUGUGCAAUCUGUUGCAGAAGAGGCAGAUGAUGUUAACGAAUACAACAACAAAAACUUAGAAAGCAAUAAUAACUCUGAUGAGGGUUAUGAUGGAAGACCAAUUUCUGCUCCCACAAAUGUACCCAUGGCUAGAUCUGUGUCUGCCUACAGCGUCAACGAUCGUAACAUGCAAUAUAAUAAUAAUUUCUAUCCUGGCUACAACAACAAUAAUUACAACAACAACAAUGUGAAUUGGAACAUGAGUUAUGUCGGACAGAAUUUGCGUUAG